AUCACCUUGGGCAUCUCCCACAACUCUACAAAAAUAUAGCUACCAUCUCACAUUUCUAGAAAACACUCAUAUUCAAUAAACUUAUUUCAAUGAGUUCUGAAAAGAAAUUAGAGAAGAACCAUUCUGUUGACUAUUUAUACUCAUCUUCUCAUUCUAUUUGUUUUAACGCUGCUCUAUCAAACAGUUACAUUCAGAAUUUUUAUGAUUAUUGCGAUACAAAUAAGAUCAAUCUCCCAGAUCAACUACAAUUUAAAGAUAGCCAAAAUGCAAAACAUUUACGAUUCUGUGCAAAUUGCAAUAAUAUCUACUUACCUGGGGUGAAUGUCACAAUUCGAGUCAAAUUUGACAAAGCAAAUCCCAAAAUCAAAAAUAGAAUCCGUCAAAAUAAACAAACUAAACAAACUAAACAAACUAAGCAACCGGAAUCAAAUGUAAAAGUCCAGUCAAAUCAAAUUAUUGGAAAAUGGAAACCAAGAAAAAGAGUCCUAUCCUAUAAAUGUACUCUAUGUAAUCAUGAACUUCUAAUCCCCCUACUAACUCCAACUUCACAAAAAAAAACAAAUUUUAUAAAAGAAAAUCCUUUAAAAUCCAAGAACACUUCAAAAGAUCCUAGAGUUUACAAUAAUUCAAACUCAAACAAAAACAUUGAUGAAAAUUCGAAAAAUGCUCCUUUCACUGACAAAAAUAUUCACCUGGAUUCAAAAUCAUUGACUAAAAAAAAGAGAAAGAAACAAAAACAUUCUCUCAUAGACAUAAUUCAAAAUAAAAAGUCUAAAAACCAAAAAUCCUUGGAGAUGAGUGAUUUUUUUAUGUAA